GCACCAGCAGGUUGCCAUGUUCAACAUUCCUAGUUAUUAUAUAUAUAAUUCAACCUUUUUUUGGCUUUUCUUGAUCCACUUCCUCCCCUUUCUUCUUCUCUCUCCCUUACUUUCCUUUUGUUCUUAGUUCCUAAUCCUACCUGUAGCUUCUUCUUCCUUCCUCCUUAAAUUGAAUCCUGAUUCUUCUGCACACACACACACAUAUAUGCAUGUAACUUGUAUAUCUUGCUGAACUUUUACUUGAUCGAUACCACCAUAUAUUUAUCAAGGCAUCAUCAGGAUCAUGGGCGACUCUUCUGCUUCUUAUAUUCACAUGGUGCACCAUCUAAUAGAAGAGUGCAUCAUAUUCAACAUGACCAGAGAAGAGUGCAUGGAAGCUCUUUCCAAGCAUGCUAACAUCAAACCUGUCAUCACUUCCACAGUGUGGAAUGAGUUGGAGAAGGAGAACAAGGAGUUCUUUGAGGCUUACAAGAACAAAAAGGAAAAUCAAAACGAGGCACAAGAUCCAAAGCAUGAUUAAUUGCUGAUUCUUCCAAGAUUGGUGUCAAUAAAGAAGACUGGUUAGUCUUUGUAAGAUCAUCUGGUAAGAAAAUAAUCAGGUGCCAAUCGGUAAAAACGAAAAAGAAAAAAGAAGGAAACCCUGAUUUUUCCCGUAAUUUGUAUAGUGUCUUCUAAGGGAGGAUUCGUUUGGUAGCAAAUAAGCUUAGUAAGCGCCUUUGGACUGUAGUACGUAGCGUAUCCUUAAUAAGAUUCUAAAGGUCAUGAACGGCGUCGUACAGGUUCUUAACGCUCUUCUCAUACUGUACUUGGAAACGUGAAGGCACGUGGGAGCAAUGCGGGAACAGGGAGCUUGCAUGCUGUCAUAUGCAAGGCAAUGCCCCUUGUGUUGUUUCUAUUGUAAGAUUUUUAUUGAAAAUUGCUACUUUUCAUCCUCAUUUAUUUCAGGGCAAAUUAUAAAAUCUCCUACAUAUGGGCUA